ACAGUAUAUACUUUUUUUGCCUCAUGUCUCUCACUAAGCAUAAUUAGUUUGAAAUUCAUCCAUGUUGAGGUGUUUAUUGAUAGUUUGCUCCUGUUUAUUGCUGACUAGUAUUCCAUUGUAUAGAUAGACCAAAUUUGUAAAUCCUUUCACCAGUUGGUGGACUUUGGUUGUUUCUGCUUUUUGGCCAUUACACAUAAAGUUAUUAUGAGCAUUGACAUGCAUAUCUUCGUUGAAUAUAUACUUUUGUUUCUCUUCAGGGAAGAACUAGAUGUGGAAUGUCUAGGUCCGAUGGUAGAUAUAUGUUAAGUUUUUGUGAAACUACCAAACUGUUUACAAGGCAGCUGUACCGUGUAACAUUCCCGCCAGUUGUGCUUGAGAGUUCCAGUUGCUGCACAUGCUUGCUCACACUCGCACCCGGAAAACUGAGAAUUGUCCAUGGAGAUGUGUUGACAUUUAAGAUAGAAAGGGCUUUUCCAGAAAGUCUUAAAAGACACUGGGAGGAUGAUCCUCCAAAUGUACAUAUUAUUGGAAAUCUGCCUUUUAGUGUAUCAACUCCACUGAUCAUCAAGUGGCUUGAAAAUGUUUCUCGUAGAGAUGGACCUUUUGCUUAUGGCAGAACCCAGAUGACAUUGACUUUUCAAAAGGAAGUGGCAGAGAGACUUACAGCCACUACGGGAAGCAAACAGCGCAGUCGCCUUUCCAUUAUGGCCCAGUACCUCUGCAGCGUGCAGCACGUCUUGACAAUUCCAGGUCGGGCUUUCGUCCCCAAACCAGAGGUGGACGUGGGUGUGGUGCGCUUCACUCCCCUGACACAGCCCAGGAUAGAGCAGCCGUUCCAGCUGGUGGAGAAGGUCGUUCAGAACGUAUUUCAGUUCCGAAGGAAGUACUGCCAUCGAGGGCUUGGAAUGUUAUUCCCUGAAGCUCAGCGCCUAGAAAGCACUGGAAAACUGUUACAGUUGGCAGAUGUGGACCCUACCCUCCGACCCAGCCAGCUCUCUGUCUCCCAUUUUAAGAGCCUCUGUGAUGUGUACCGGAAAAUGUGUGAUGAAGACCCACACCUCUUCGCUUAUAAUUUCAGAGAAGAACUCAAGCAAAAUAAAAGCAAAAACCAGGAAAAAGAGGAUGAGGAGAGUUACAGACUCCAGCUCCCUCCUUAGGGGCUAGCAGCUUACUGAAUGCUGAUUUUCACAAUGCUGAGCCUCUUAUGUGUGUACUCUCUUGUCUUCUACAGAAUGACAAUAAAAAUACCAAUUACCAGA